CUGCUUCAGCGCUGAGCUCCCGGCAGCUCCACGAUCUUCAACCGACCGGACACACCUAGAGAAUAUCUCCUUUCGAAUAUACCUUCCGUUUUAACUGCUAUCCAAGUGAUACUAUUUGACCAUGGCGCCCUCCGCAGUUGAUGAUACUGUCAGCAGGCGGGAAAUGUGGAAGACUCUUCCUGAUCCCGUCCUGUACCCAGUCAAGGAAGCCAAAUUCGAAAAGUACAUCGAGCCACAGUCGGACGGAUACGAGCGAGCGAAGGCUCAAUCUGGAGGAAAUCCAGCUAUCGUCAUAGAUAAUGGUUCCUGGGCUGUUCGAGCGGGAUGGUCUUUCGAAAAUGCCCCCCGACUAGCCGUUCCCCCAAUCAUGGCCAAGUAUCGCGAUAGAAAGUUAGGCAAGACCUUUUCUUUUGCUGGCCAAGACUGCUAUGCCGACACAUCUGCACGAGGACACAUACGGAACGCCUUCGAGGCUGGGACCGGUAUUGUGAGCAAUUGGGAUGUUAUGGAGCACGUGCUGGACUACGUCUUCCUGAAGCUUGGCAUGAAUGGUGUCGAUGGGGCGAUUGAUAUGCCGAUUGUCAUGACCGAGGCUGUCGCAAACUUGCCCUACUCGAGAAAAUCCAUGACCGAAAUUAUCUUUGAAUGUUACGGCGCUCCCUCCCUCACGUACGGAAUUGACUCGUUGUUCGCAUACCGACAUAACCAAGGCAAGACCGGUAUCGUUGUCUCUUCAUCACACAGCGCUACCCAUCUUAUACCGGUCUACAACCAGAAGCCAUUACUAGCCCAGGCUACGAGGCUGAAUUGGGGCGGCUGGCAUGCCGCGGAAUAUCUGCUGAAACUCAUAAAGCUAAAGUACUAUUAUGGAUUCCCCGGCAAACUCAACUCGUCACAAGCUGAGAAUAUGGUUCGGGAUUUCUGCUAUGUCUCCCAAGACUACGACAGUGAACUAGCACACUAUCUGGAGUGGACUGGACUUGAGGACAGAGAACGCAUUGUUCAAUAUCCUUACACGGAGGAAGUUAUCAAUCAAAAGACAGAGGAGGAGCUGGCCCGGAUAGCUGAGAGGAAGAAGGAAAGCGGUCGGAGGCUGCAAGAACAGGCCGCCAAGAUGCGCCUGGAAAGACUGAUGAAGAAGGAACAAGAGCUCGAGUAUUACAAGGACGUCCAGCGCAGAAUCUUGGAACAAACGACCAAGAAGGAGAUCAAGCGCAUCCUUGAUGAUGCUGAGGUGAAGGAUGAAGCCGCUUUGGAUCGGAUGGUCAAGGAGCUGGAAAAAUCCAUCAAGCGAGCACGGACCAAAGAUCUUGGAGGCGAACAAGAGGAAGAGCAAGAAGCUCCCGACUUCAGCUUGCUUGAUGUGCCUGAUGACCAAUUGGAUGAGGCGGGACUCAAGCAAAAGAGGCAACAACGUCUAAUGAAGUCGAACCACGAUGCUCGAGCACGGGCCAAGGCUGAGAAGGAGGCAGAGAAGGCCAGGAUAGCGGAAGAAGCCAGGUUGGAUGAGGAGAGGCGGACCAACGAUCUGGAAGGAUGGCUUGAGGAGAAGCGCCAGCUUCGUCUUGCCAAGCUAGCUCAAAUUAAAGAGCGCGAUCGCCUCAAGGCUGAUCUUGGUAACCGCAAGUCACUGGCUAACCAAAUACGGAUGAAGAACCUGGCAAACCUUGCCUCAGAUACGCCCGCGACCACCGGUCGCAAGCGGCGUCGCGGCGGUGACGAUGACGACUUCGGUGCCGAUGACGCCGACUGGGGUGUCUACCGCAGUGUGGCCAUUGGCGCAAACAAGGGUGACAGCGAUGACGAGGAGGAAGCCGAAGAGGAUCUCGAAGCGUCGGUCCGCGCGCUGGAGCAAGACUUGCUCGAGUACGACAAGGAAUUCACGUAUGAGCACACACUCGAAGCCCAGAACGACUGGACAAAGUCCCUCCUGCAUGCCUUCCGGUACGGGCCGAGGCCGUUCGAUGCAGCAGCACCAGCAGAAACGCAUCGUCUCCAUCUGAAUGUCGAGCGCAUCCGUGUACCCGAGGUGAUCUUCCAGCCCAGUGCUAUUGCUGGUGUUGAUCAGGCCGGUAUAAUCGAGAUUGCUGGCGAUAUCUUGAACCAGCGACUGGUUGGCAUCCCGGGGCUCGAUCGGGAUUCGUUCCUCAAGGAUAUCUUCCUAACCGGUGGAAAUACCAUGUUCCAAGGAUUUGACGAGAGAAUGCGCGCUAGCCUUAUGCCAUUACUGCCGGCUGGCACCCCACUCACAGUCCGCAAGGCGAAGGAUCCCAUCCUCGACGCAUGGAAGGGCGCUGCCGGCUGGGCGGGCAGCGAAGAUUGGCAGAGGGCUAAGGUUACGAGGGAGGAGUAUCAGGAGAAGGGAGCUGAGUAUCUGAAGGAGCAUGACUUGGGUAACGCUUUCAGCUAAAGUCAACAAAAGCCUGCUUUAGUUACAACCACAAAUUAACCUUGUAGGUCAAAGAAGAAAUAGCUGCAG